AUUAAAAUUAGUUGAAAAUGAGCGAAAAGGAUGUGUUUCAGAGAAAUGUUAAGCACAAAGCAUCAGAAGUGGUCAAGAAUCCACAAGAGCUGAUGGUUGGGCUUAAGAAGGAAAAAGAGGAAGAAAAGAAAGAGCUGACUAAGGAAGAAGACUUUGACUCUUAUGAAGAAAUCACUGACGAGACCAAGGAGAAAUUGAAAGAGAGUGGGAUCUCUUCUUUGUUCCCAAUCCAGUCUUCUACCUUCAAGUAUAUCUAUGAUAACGAAGACUUGAUAGCUAGGGAUCUGACAGGGUCUGGGAAGACAUUGGCUUUCUGUCUUCCUUUGGUUGAAAGGUAUCGGAAGCUUGGAUACUUUACACCCAAAAAGACUUUCAUGCGGAAUUUGUACACUGUUAUCAUGACUCCCACAAGAGAGCUUGCUCUUCAAGUCUCUGCUGAGCUCAAGAAAUUAAUGCACAGAGAGAAUGAGUACAGAGUUCUCACUGUCUAUGGUGGAGUCCCCAUAGAGCAACAAGAGAAAGAACUCAGAUAUGGAGUUGAGUUCUUUGUUGGAACUUGUGGAAGAGUACUUGAUCAUAUCUCCAGAGAGAAUAUUAACUUUUCAAAUAUCAAGACAGUCAUCCUUGAUGAAGCAGACCAAAUGCUCAAUAUGGGAUUUGAGGAAGAUAUAGAAGAAAUUAUUGCCAGAGUCAACCAAGAAGUGGAGGAGAAGCCGCAAUUCUUACUGUUUUCAGCAACCAUCCCUGAUUGGUUUAAAUCAGUCGCUAAAAAGUACCUUAGCAAAGAUCAUAAAAUAAUUGACUUAGUGAAAAAUUUGAAGAACAAGACUGCUAAUACAGUGAACCAUUUAGCACUCAACUGUCCAUUUGAGAACAAGAUUUCAGUCCUAGCAGAUGUACUGAGAUGCUAUGGUGGCCUGAAAGGAAAAUCGAUUGUUUUCACUCAGACAAAGCUUGAAGCCAAUGAAAUCAUUCUUUCAGAGAAAAUGAGAAACAAUGCCGAAGUCCUUCAUGGUGAUAUUGCUCAGAAGCAAAGAGAAGUUACUCUGAGAAGAUUCAAAGAGGGGAAAUUCAAUGUCCUUGUUGCAACAGAUGUUGCUGCCAGAGGACUCGAUAUUCCUAAUGUAGACCUUGUCGUCCAACUAGAGCCUCCAAAAGAUAUUGAAGCAUAUAUUCACAGAUCAGGAAGAACUGCAAGAGCAGGAAAAGAAGGCAUGUGUAUCACUUUCUAUACUGGAAGAGAAUUUAGAGUGAUUCAGGAUAUUGAGUAUGAAGCUGGAAUCAAAUUCAAUAAAAUCACCCCACCAAAGAAUGAAGAUGUCAUUAAAGUAGCAGCUGCAGAUGUUAUUGUUAACUUAAAAUAAUGUGGAUAAAAAGAUUCUAUCCACUUUUGAAGAAGACGCGACUAAAUUUAUUGAAGAGGUGGGAGCCAAGGAAGCUUUAUGCAUGGCUCUAGCUUACAUCUCAGAUACCUCUAACUCUCAUCUUGCUUCAAGAAGUUUCCUUACUGGAGAGGACGGCAUUGUCACCUACAUCCUCAGAAACGAUAGAGGAAUCAACAAUGUAUCGUAUGCUCACAAGCUGAUCCAAAAUAACUUCUCUGCAGACAUCGGUUACAAAAUCAAAGGGAUGAAGCUACUGAGAAGUGGAGAAGGAAUUGUAUUCGAUAUCUCUGAAGAAAAUGCUGAAGUGAUUGACCAAGAAUACAAAGAGCAGUCAUGUACCUCUAGAGGCCUCCCAUUUGUCCUUGAAAGAGCCUCAGAACUUCCUGAGAUAGAAGAAGGGCAUCGCUACAAUAAAUCCUCACACGGCUAUGGAAAGAGAGGAGGUAAGAACGGAGGAUUUACAAGUGCCAGAAAUCACUAUAAUCAAAGUUUCCAAGGACAUGGUUAUAAUGACAAAGAAAUGACUAGAAAUUACAAUAAAAAGCCCAAUGAUUCUUAUGAUUCCCACUCGAUGAGAUCAGGCAAAGGCGAUUUCAAUCAGAAAGAAGUCUCAGAUAUCAGCUUUGGUGGAAGACCUAAAUUCUUCACCCGCAACCAUAAGGCGGGAGGAGUGCCAUCCCACAACACCGAUGGGGAAUCUUUUGGUAGAAAUGAGUUCGGAAGAGGAAGAGGAAGAGGCUUCAACUCCAGAGGAGGAUAUAGAGGAAGAGGUAGAGGUAGAGGUAGAGAAUACUAAAUCUCUACCAUUCUUACUGAAAUGAAUAAUUGUAACAUA